GCUGUUUUUUGUUGAUACUUUUGAGGAAAACAUUUUCCGCCGUAAAUUGCAUUUUAUUUCGAUUUUCAAGCACAAAAAGUAAUCAAUACCUGCAAAAUGGGAACCUGGGUGCUGGAGGUGGCCAAGAUGGGCAUGUACAUGGCCUUCCCCGUGACGCUGUUCCACCUGUUCAACCAGCCGGAAUAUUUCGAGGAGUGGGUGACCAAGAAGAAGCGGGAGCUCUAUCCGCCGGAGAGCAAGAGCCACCACGAGGAGCUGCAGCGGGCGAUACGGGAGCACCAUGCCCAGCACGACGCCAAAAUGAUGCGGGCCAUGGAGGAGGCGGAGGGCAAGAAGAAGUAG